AAAUAAAUGUCUGAAAGACCGCCAUCUUGGAUUUCGACUAUGAAAAGUGUUCCACAAGCACUAAUCCUGGAUUUUGGACAAAAAUAUGCCAGCAAAGAAUACAUGAGGUUGUCUUUACAGCAUGAAAUAGACUAAGAAGUAAUGCAAAGUUGGAGGUAUAUACAGUAUUCAACUUGUACACAAAAUAGUGUAAUACUACAGCUAAGUCCCAUAACGGUGAUGUUAGUAAAUAUGGUACACUGAGUCAUCUAAUCAGGAAAUAUAUGUGAAAGAACAGGGAAAAUACUCAUCCCUGUUGAGUUCCCUGACCAAGAAUCAAACCCGAGUUUCUGGUGUGAAAAUCAACCAGCUCUACCAUCUGACCCGAAGAAGCAUGCUCUGUCAGCUAGGUGACAGAAUCUUUAUUUAACACUAUAUACAAGCCACAUCAACCAGGGCCUAUUACAUGUAUAUAUGAAGAAGGUUCAAGGUUAGAAAUGUUUAAAUUGGGAUAUUCAUUGUAAUUGAAUAACUGUUAUAGCAACCUUAACCAAUUCUUAAAGACAGAGUGAUUUCAGGGAAAAGUCCUUAUAGGUUUAUGAUUCAUAGACACGUCAUACUGUUGAGAUGUCUGGCCCAAGUGAUAUCUGUGAAAACAAUUUCAAUCAGCAAUGUAAUCCUCUCACACAAACACAAAAGAUGGAGAAACCAUGUGAGGAUUUGCAAGUGCAGAGUCUUUUAGGAACACAUCUCGAAAUACACAAUGGAGAAAAUCCAUACAAAUGCAAUGUCUGUGAUAAGGGGUUCCAAAAGAAGAGUCACUUACUGUGUCAUGCAAGGGUGCAUACAAGAGAGAUGCCUUACAGAUGUGAUGUCUGUGGCAAAGAGUUUAGUCAAGCAAGCGGGGUAAUAACACACCUCAAGACACAUACAGGGGAGACACCCCAUGUGUGUGAUAUCUGUGGUAAAGCGUAUGUACACAGAAGUAGAUUGUUGAACCAUGUAAUGACACAUACAGGAGAGAAGCCAUUCAAAUGUGAUGUCUGUGGAAAGACGUUUCGGCUUUCAAAUACAUUAAAAGUCCAUGAAAUGAUGCACAUAGGAAAAAAACUCUACAAAUGUGAUGUGUGUGGAUCUGUGUUUAAGCAAGCAUGUCACUUAAAAACACACCUAAGGGCACAUACAGCAAAAACGUUAUACCACUGUGAUGUAUGUGACAAGAAGUUUAAUCGGAAAGAUCACUUAUAUAUUCAUCUGAGGAUACAUCUUGGAGAGAAAGUUAAACCAUGCACAUGUAGUCUAUGCAAGGAGUUCAGUGGAACAGAUGUUCAAACUAUCCAUUAUAGAGUACAUGCAAACGUGAGACCAUACAAAUGUGAUGUUUGCGGUAUGGACUUUCCUCUGUUAUCAAGCCUUAAAGACCACCUCAGAAUGCAUACAGGUGAGCAGCCGUACAAAUGUGAUGUCUGUGGUAAGGGCUUUAAUCAAUCUGGCAACCUACAAUCACACAUCAGGAUACAUACAGGUGAAAAACCUUAUGAAUGUUAUGUGUGUAAUAAGGCAUUUAAUCAGAAAAGUAACUUAACUUCACAUCUCAGGAUACACACAGGAGAGAAACCUAUGGAAUGUGAAGUUUGUGGUAAGGCUUUCCGUCAGAAAAGUAAUCUAAAUGCACACCUCAGGAUACAUGCAAAAGAGAAAGCUCUGAAGUGAAAAAAUCUACAGAAUACCGGUAUAUAUUAUGGAAGUGACCUCAUAUACUCUCAUUCCAUGCCUUUUGAUGUGUCAAACUACAAAACCAUACAUUUGGAUUCAUUUGUGCAAUAAGUAAUUUUUAAUAUAUAUGUUUAAGUAGAAAAGUAUCAUAAAUUUGACCAAAAUUGGUCCAUUUAGUAAACCCUUCCUCCAUUAACAAUUUGAGACAGCUGUUAGCAAUCUAAUUAUGACUAAUAAAGGGAGAUAAUAACUCUAUACAACAACAAUAAUUUUACUACAGCAUUUCAUUGAACACUUUUAGUUCAAACAAUUAAA